AUGGCCAGCUUUGCUGUGCAACGUGCUUCCCGGGGCUGUUCUACUAAUGGUAGCGCGUUAGAUAUUCGUAGGUCUCUGGAUCGGGACCCACAACCUGUCCAGCAGGAUGACCAGGAUCAUGAUCCUGGUAUAGAGGUUACGACGCGUUCACGACACAACGACAGGUGUCCACCCUCCCACGUUACCUCCUCAACAUGUGGUUCCACAACGGAUUCACUACUAUCAGACCCUAAUGACAGCGGUGUUCUCGCACCCCCAGAUACGGACCAGUGUGUCCUUAAGGAGGAUUUAUAG